GAAUGAACUUGUUUCUCAUUCUACGUGUUUCACAGCAUUCUUCAAUUUGGUCGAAUUGCAAACGACGUCUACCGUCUUCGUCGCAUCUUCAAAACGUCCGUGGUCGUUGCAAAAAUUGAAGAACCCGAUCGAAAGAGAUUGAAACCGGUGCAAAGCCGAAUUACCGAAACUUUGGGAGAAAAUAUGGUCGUGAUGAUGGCCUCGGUGAGGCAACAGCUGAGUACUUUAUCUCAUGCCGGAGGUUCUCACAAGGACCAGGCAGAAAGAUACCGAACGCUAUUGGAUUUUCUGGUCAAAUCUGCGGGCGAGGAGUUGGUUGACAUGCUGAAACUCUUUAUCGAAGCAAUCGUCAAUGAGAACGUAAGUUUGGUUAUAUCAAGACAAGUUUUGACAGAGGUUAGUAGCCGGUUGCUUGUCUUACCUGAUGAAGUUUCAAAGGCUGUUGCUCAUUACACCCUUGAUAAGGUUCAACCCCGUGUAAUAUCAUUCGAGGAACAGGUUGCCAGUAUCAGACAGCAUUUGGCUGACAUUUAUGAACGCAAUCAAAAUUGGCGAGAGGCGGCAAAUGUUCUGGUUGGCAUACCGUUAGAAACAGGACAAAAGCAAUACACUGUCGACUACAAGCUCGAGACUUACCUCAAAAUUGCGCGGCUCUAUUUAGAAGAUGACGAUCCGGUUCAGGCAGAAGCAUUCAUAAACAGAGCAUCACUUUUGCAGGCGGAGUCAAAAAAUGAGCAAUUGCAAAUUUACUACAAAGUUUGCUAUGCUAGGGUGUUGGAUUACAGAAGAAAGUUCAUCGAAGCUGCUCAGCGAUACAACGAACUGUCAUAUCGAUCGAUUAUACACGAAGAUGAGCGUAUGACCGCACUUAGAAAUGCAUUGAUCUGUACUGUACUUGCAUCUGCAGGCCAACAAAGAAGUCGCAUGUUAGCUACCCUGUUCAAAGAUGAACGUUGCCAACAGCUGCCGGCAUAUUCCAUUCUUGAAAAGAUGUACUUGGAUCGUAUCAUUCGACGCACUGAGCUUCAGGGUUUCGAGGCACUAUUGCAGCCCCAUCAAAAAGCCUGUACCACUGACGGUUUGGGUUCGACAAUUUUAGACCGAGCCGUUAUCGAACAUAAUCUCUUAUCCGCCAGCAAACUCUACAAUAACAUCACUUUUGAGGAGUUGGGUGCUUUGCUCGAAAUUCCUCCGACGAAUGCAGAAAAAAUAGCCAGUCAAAUGAUUACAGAGAGCCGAAUGAACGGAUACAUUGAUCAAAUUGAUUCGAUCGUACACUUUGAAAACCGUGAAAUCUUGCCAACUUGGGACAAGCAAAUACAGUCUCUUUGUUAUCAGGUGAAUCAAAUAAUAGAGAAAAUAGCUCAGACUGAACCUGAAUGGAUAGCCAAAGCUACAGAGGAUCAGAUGGUACACUAAUAUUAAAUUUAUCCCCGCCAUCUAUCCAGUUUUUGUGCAAGCUAUUCUUACACAGUGUGUCAGAUGCUACACAAAAAAAAAAUUCUAAGUAAAAUAAAAGCGCCGGUAAUGCGCUGUGGAAACUUAUUGCCGAUGUCGUGAUGUGGUAGAAACGCGCUGUGCGUCAAGUUAUCCUAUUGCUUCGAACAUAAGCAGAGGUUUUUGGUAGUUGACAGAACCCGUCAAAAUCAUACUAGUCUUAUAUACGGACAUGUUUUAUGCGCGGGUAUCUGAAAAAAAAAAGAUAAGUAAUAAAAAUGAUUGAACAAACAUAUGUUAUUAUUAUUGGACUGCAUUUUUGACCGAAGAAUAAAUAUAAAAUCUCAUUGUAAUAUCUGAACAGAAAUAUUUCGGCCUGUAUUAUAAUGAGGUUUUAUGUUCAUUUUUAUGUAAAAAAUGCAAUCCAAUAAUAAUAAUUUUUUUUUUUUUUCAAUUUAUCGUUUGA